CGUUCUGUGCUGAGCACUACUGCGCCGUGCGGCGAGUGAGAUCCAUGAAAGUCUUUAUCUGGACCGGAGGGACGCGCCGGUCCUCCAAGCCCUCUGUCCCCCUCUGCAAAAACGAGGCAUCACCUUCAGUUAUCACAUGCAGACAUCAAUCGGGACAUAAGUCAGAAAGAGUGAAUUAAGAAGCCCGUCCUUAACCAGAAAAGCAGCACUGUUUUGGUUUUGAAAGAAGGCGCAUAUUUCAAAAGCAGAGCAGAAAGCGUGGCAGGCUGUCUCGUUCUUGUACGUUACUUGCUAAACUGAAAACUGUCCCUGCCAAGUACAGACCAGACUGACUCGCUCUCCUCAUCUCCAGCCGCCGAUAGAAAGGUCGACUGUUCGCGUUUUGCACCGUAUAUAAAACAAAGCUCAUUUCAAUUUAGGCCAAAAAUAUAUUUGGCUUUGAACAUACAGACGAGUUGCCAGCUGGGAAGGUACAAAACCUCUAUUUGUUGACUAUUGAGGGCUUCAAUCCACAGCUCAAUGCUCCUGGGCUCCUGCACAAACACCUAUGGAACAAUUUCACUUCAAGACGAAACGAUGAAGCAUCAAGGUUAGGAGAAAGAUGCGAAGAUACAUAAAGAAAAAGAGGAAAAGCAGUCCAUGAGUUCUGAGUUGCAGCUGCACAGCUUCAGGAUGCCAAACAUUGGGUUCCAGAACCUUCCGCUCAAUAUUUAUAUUGUGGUUUUCGGGACAGCAAUCUUCGUCUUCAUUCUUAGUUUAUUGUUCUGCUGUUACUUAAUCAGGUUACGGCAUCAAGCGCACAAGGAGCUAUAUGCCUAUAAGCAGGUCAUACUGAAAGAGAAGGUAAAAGAACUCAACUUGCAUGAGAUUUGUGCAGUCUGCUUGGAGGAGUUCAAGUCAAAGGACGAGCUGGGAAUCUGCCCGUGCAAGCAUGCGUUUCACAGAAAGUGCCUGAUCAAGUGGCUGGAGGUGAGAAAGGUUUGUCCACUUUGCAACACACCCGUCCUGCAAAAUGACCAAGAGCCUGGAACUGUGAAUGGGACAGACAAUCUUGUGUAAUCCCCACCACCAACCCCUUCCCCUCCCCAACUGAGCAACGCACGAGAAGGGUUUACUAUAUAUUUUUUGUCAUUACUAUUGUUUAUUUUAUUUUUUGUUUCUAUUUCUGUGUCUGUGAUGGAGCUGAUCCACAACACGGUAACGAAGGCAGCAUCUGCCUGGAAGAGAAUCUGAUCAGCAGUCACCCGGUGUUGGGGGCAGACUGGGAAAUCACCACGAGCCAAAGCACUUUUGUCGUUGGAUCGGCUGGGAAUCGCUGCUGGACCUGCCUUAAUGAUGCAGUGGUCACAUUGACUUGAGCUAUUUGCAGUGGGGCACUUUACUCUGACUCCUUCCCCCUCCUGAACGUUGACAGUCAAGGGUACAGCGCGGCAGGGUCAGAAGUAUAUGGUGGCGGGGGAACUGUUUUACCUGCAAGCUGUGCCAAGUUCGGUAGCAAUAAAGCUACGUUGGCAAUUUUAAGGGAAUGACAGAUCAAGGAAACAAAUGUUGUUCUCUGAGGAAGAAACUUCGCCUACGUGCAAAGCUCAAAGAUCUGAACUUCAACCCUUAGCUGGAAAUGGCAGCUGGAUCCCCAGAGAGCAAUUCUUCCCCUGUGCCUGACAUCGUGCGCCCAACUCCCUCGCCAACACCUGGCCGCCUCGCUCCUCCCCAACCAGGACGUGGAAACCCUGUGGGAGACGAGUUGUGAGCUUGUGUGCAGGAGAGGGUUUGGACAGGAAGGUCAAACCCGAAUGCUGAACAUUACCAAUUUAGCUGGAGGACUGACAGCUCGCUCGGAGAGUUUCUUUGCUAAAGCAAAACGGAUUUUUGUACAAUGGGCUAAUUGUUUCAGGCAUGUCUGAUACUUUUUAUGUGGGGCUGAUCCAAGGCUGAAACGUGACGGUUAGAGGAGGGGAUGGAAAGUGGGCGACAGUGAGAUUCUGAGUAGACCAUGAUAUAAUUAGGUUUAAAAUGUUAUUUAUCGUAUUUUUUAACGGAUGUUAAUAAUGGAAUGAAACACAGAUGGCGGGGGAGGGGAGGAAUGCUGGAAAAGGCUGCCAGCACAGGGUGAAAUCCCUCUCUUUAGUAACCAAGGUGAUUGAGCAGUGCAGUACAGCAGCAAAAUUUUCCAGCAACCUCUCUGUUGGGGAGUGGUGGGAGCGGGGAGGGAGGGAGGAGGAGGCCUCCCCAGAUCAUUCACCAAACAGUCAUUUCCCACAUGCUGUUCAUCUUCCCACCCCCCACCCCACCCCCACACACAAGCAAAGCACUACAUUGACAGCGUCUCCACGGCGAUUGCCGAGCCGUCACGUGCGAGGCAGGUGCAGCCGCCUCAAAACCUACUUCAACCUCACUGACGUUCCGCGUCCUAUUUGAGCCCCGGGCCUUUAGAUAAAAUGUUCAAGCACGUCUCAGAAAUGAGUGAGUCUGUUCGCUGUAGAACAGCAUUGACUUCCCUUCUUUCGUUGAGCCCCCUGCCUCAGGUCCGGUGGUGCACCAUCGCAAACCCUUUCCACCUUGUUAGUUCACGGUUGCACCGAGGUUGCAAAGCUCCGGGUCUCUUUAGCUAUUCAGCCAAUUAUUUUCAGCUGCCCAUCCUGGACACACGGAAUCAUUUGCAUGUUAUGGUGCAGGAGGCAGUUACGGUGGCUCCUCAGACAGGACCCCCACUCACUCUGCUCAGCCCCCGGUUUCUAUGGAGACGCAGGAGACUGAAUGGUUCUGAUUCAGGGCUGCAACCCAAAAUUGUGACAAUCCCUCAUCCCUCUGCCCACACCCAGAUGCUGCUCGCCCAGCCAAGUCCCUCCAGCAGAUAGCACGUUGCUGCAAAUUUUCUAUCCCUAAAAUAUCAAGCCCUGGAGUGCAUGGUCUGUGAACUACCCCGGACCUGGGACAUUAGGUGUGCGUGUAAUGAGAUGACAACAGCUGUGAACAAUUAUACAAUCAGAGAAUUGUUGCAGCACCAUUAGGGGUCCAUCCAGUCCAUCAAGUGUGUACUAGCUCCUUAAAGAGUUUGCAGUCUGAUACCCUUUCUUUCCCACUGACUUUACUCUCACAAAUGUCUUUCCAAUACUCUGAUACUGCCUGUACCACUGGCUUAGAAAGGGAACCCCAGAUCCUCUCCACACUCCAAGUCAAAGUGCUUUUAGACCAUAAAUCAUAUGAGCAGAUUUAGGCCAUUCAGCCCGUCAAGUAGGUGUACAAAAUUAUGAGGGGUAUAAGUAGGGUAGAUGCUAGGUUUUCCACUCAGCUUGGGUGAGACUAGAACUGAAGGUCAUGGGUUAAGUGUGAAAAUUGAAAUGUUUAACACAAAGGGAAACUUCUUCGCUCAGAGCGUGGUGAGGUUAUGCAAAAGAGUUGCCUGCGGAAAUGGUGGAUGUGGGUUCAAUUUCUCCAUUUAAUAGAGUCUGGAUAAGUACAUGGAUUGGAUGGGUAUGGAGACCAAUGGUCAGAUGCAGGUCGACAGGACUAAGCAGAAUAACGGUUCAGAAUGGUCUAGGUGGGCUGAAGUGCCUGUGUCUGUGACCAUGACUGAUUUUUUUAAACACCAUUUCCCACCACCUUCCUCUAACCCUUAACCCCUUGGCCAAUCAGAACUAUCGAUCUCUGCCCUAUUAUAACUUUUGUCCAACUCUUAAAAUCAGCUCUUCGAACCAUCUGCUUAAUGGGAGAUGUUCCUUCUACUAACCCUGCCUCCGUAUCCUGCUCACAUCUACCCUCAGUCUUCCAUUCUUCAAGGAGAACAUCUAUUUUCACCAGUCCUCAGUAUCAGUAAGAUGAAGUGGGAGAAUCUCUGGAGGCCCUCCACUUGGUUGUUCCUCAAGGCCUUGCAGAAUAACCAUUUGCUCAGAGUGUGUGUGUGUGUGUGUGUGUGUGGGGGGGGGAGGGGGAUUGGUGGGAGAGGAGUAAAGUGCAGGUGGUUGGAGAGUGGCCAUUUUAAUCCAGCUGGUGAGAGGAAGGUUCAAAUGUAGGGAACUACAUGAAUAUGGAGAUAUGCAGUGGAGAGUAGGAUCAGACUGGUGUUGCUUCCAUUCCAGAUAUUGGUUUACUAUUGUCGCAUGUACCACAAUACAGUGAAAAGUCUGUCUUGCAUACUGUUCAUACCAAUCAGAUCAUUACACAGUGCAUUGGCGUAGAACAAGAUGAAGCAAUAACAAUGCAGAAUAAAGUGUAACAGCUACAGAGAAAGUGCAGUGCAGGUAAACAAUAAAGUACACGAUCAUAAUGAGGUAGACUAUGAGGUCAAGAGUCCACCUUGACGUAGUAGGGAACGGUUCAAUAGUUUUAUUAUAGCGGGAUAGAAGCUGUGCUUGUCCAUGGUGGUAUGUGCUUUCAGGCUUUUGUAUCUUCAGCCCGAUGGGAGGGGGGAGAAGAGAGAACACUGCAAGGGGAAGGAUGUGUGUGUGUGUGCAAAACAGUUAUUAGCCCUGUGACCUUUAUAGUCAUGGAGAGGCACACACCCACAAGGUAAGUGGGCACAAAGGCCACUCCUCAGCCCACCACACUGACCUUCUGUCCAUCGAUGUAAUCCUGUUUAUCUGCAUUAGGAUCGUCUCCGGAUCUUUAAUUUCCACCUUUUAAUGUUGCAUUCUGUUGCUAGCCUGUGUUUGCGAGCCACUAGUUUAACAAAUUUCAAACUGCUUGAUGCGAAGCCAGAAUCAGGGUAGAUCUGCCCCUUCUCCAUGCAGAGACAAUUCCAUUCCUAAGUGGAGCUGUAGGGAUCAGGUACGAUGAUGGAAGAGAUUGUUAUUUCCAGAUGAAAUUUUAAAACAAUAUGUCUACCUGUUCCCCUAAGUAUCCAGCCUCCCUUGCAAAGAAUAAUCUUAGAUGCAUUGAAGUCAAAAUUGAGCUGGAUAAUGAUGCCUUCUUCGUCUGACUAAUGUCUUUGUGCCCACUUACCGUAUGGGUGCUAAGCCGCUUAACGUAGCUAACAGCCCAGCCACCAAACCCCAGAGUGGCUGAAAGGCCUUGAAGGAUUUGGAGAGGAUGUUUCCUAUCAGUAGUCUAGGACUAGAGGGCACAGCCUUAAAAUAGAGGGGUGUCCCUUUAGAACAGAGAUGAGGAGGAAUUCCUUUAGCCAGUGGGUGGUGAAUCUGUGGAAUUCAUUGCCACAGAAGACUGUGGAGGCCAAGUUCUUGAGUAUAUUUAAAGUGGAGGUCGAUCGGUUCUUAAUUAGUAAGAAUGUCUAAGAUGGACUCACUAUAUGAUGUCUUUGUGUGCCAUUCACAGCCUAUCAUGUUGUCCAGUACUCUCCCAUCUCCUUGCACGUCAGGAGAUGCUAGUGGAAAUGUUCUCCAGCACUUGUGAUACCGCUUCCCCCAGCCCCAGGUUCAACAGAGGAAUUCGGAAGAACUCCUGCAAGGUUCUUGCUGCUUGUCAGCUGCCCAAACUGAUGAACGGCCUUGGCAGUGAGCCCCAGAGGUGAGACCACACCAUACCCCUUUGUGGAGACUUGCCCUGAAGAAAGGUCAUUGUUAACAUUGAUAGAUCUCUCCACAAGUCAGUUGCUGCCUCAGAUUUACUCAGUCCUGUCAAGUUAGAAGGAAUAAGAAAAGUGAGAUUAUUAUAUUAAACUACUCCAAAUAGAACACUUUCUGGCUUGAUGUACCACCUUAAGACUGACACGUGAACCUGGCUCGCACAGUUUCCUAAAGGAUGAGUUCCCAAUCCCUGUUGAGCCUGAAGAGAAAUGGGAAGUAGAUGGAGACCAUAAGGAGAUGGGCAUUUGAAGACUCCCAUCCUCAGACACCAUGUACUUUCUUCCCGCCGAGCCGUCAUUGGAACAUAGUUGACCAGAUUCUAGCAGUCUGUUGCUUUGAGUUGAAGCUUGAUACUAUAUAUUGGGCAAGAAGGGUACGAAUGUAAGGAACUCAAAAUAGGCAGUUGGGUGAAGGUAUUGGGAACUGCAGUUACAAAGGAAUGAUGGGAAUACUUCAAGAAUGUAGCUAAAGUUUGAGGCUUAGCAAAUGCCCCCAUCUCAGCUGAAGAACAAACUCUCCCAAAGGCAGCACAUAGGCCUGUGACAAAUCAACAAAUCUAACAAAUGGGGAUUUAAUUUUUACAUAAAGCAUGCAACACCAGGUGAAAAAUGGCAGUUCCUGAGCAAUAGCUGACGUUAUGAAUACUGACAGAAGCUUGCCCCAACAGUGAAGAAGAUUGCACGAUGGUUAGAACAAUGUGCCAAACGUUGUGCUUGACCUGGAAGGAAGCAUUUGAUCCAGUGUCAUUUUUAUGGGGGGGGCCACUGUACUGUGUUGAGGUGAUGGGUAACUGAACUUGGGAAAGUAACAAUAACACUCUGUUUUGGUUAGGGUUUUCAUUCAAAGCCUUUGCUUCACGAAUUUCUGGGGUAUUUCUGAGAAAUCUAACUGCGCCUGCUUCAUAGUUGUACAGAUGACUUUUCAUCCAGUGGUCACUGUUUGUUCUCUCCCUCUCUGACCGGAUGUUGCGUUUCCCCUUGUUUAAGUCACAAGAGUGUUCAUUUAAACAAAGUUCAAGGUAAAUUUAUUAUCAAAGUACAUGUAUGUCACCAUAUACUACCCUGAGGCUCAUUUACUUGCAGGCAUUCACAGUAGAGCAAAGAAAUAAAAUAGAAUCACUCCACGGGUCUUAUGUGGAGAUACCAGUUAAGUGACAUUGAUUAAGGUUUACAUAUACCUGAAUCACACUAUUGGGAAUUUGGUAACUGAUGGGAUGUACAAAACUCAAGUUACCCCAGGUUUCUGAAAGAAAGGCUUUGAAUGAAAUUCAUCUAAAAGAAAUGAGCUUACAGUGAGAGGGUUUCCAACAGCACACGAUCCCGAAAUCAAAAUCACUUCCACACUGAAUUUAUUUAUUUAUUUUUCAUUUACUUAGGAAUAAAGCACAGAAACGGGCCCCUUCUGGCCCAUCCAUUUACACCCAUGUGACCAGUUAACCUACUAAUCCCUUGGAAUGUGGAAGGAUACCAGGGCACGUGGAAGAAACCCACGUUCACAGGGAGAACAUACAGUACGAACUUCUUAUAGUGGCUGGAAUUGAACCCAGACCCCUGCCCCAGUUCAGCCCUCCUGUAUCUGUACAACUACCACAGGAAGGAAUUCAGUGUAAAUUGUUUUCUAGGAAAUGAAUUAAUGCAAUUGUUAUUCCAGUUGGAUUUUCAUUGUUGACACUCCCCAGUUGCCAGCUGAACUGAAUCAUCCUUUCUUGAAAUGACUUGAAGUGUUGGGACAUGGGAGCAAUGCUCCCUUGCUGUGUCUCUGUGACCCCUGACUUCAGCUGUGGUCCAGUCCCCUCUCCGGAUAUGGCACUAGGCAUCAGCUGUCCAAACAGAACAACUUCUCAUUUACCCAGUGAGUGGGUAAACGUUGCUUCUUCAUAACCGAUGAUGUAUAUAUUUACCUAUAAUCUGUUAAUAUACUUACAACAUUCUUCCUUGAAAGGCUACCAAAGCUGAUUGCGUUACAAAAUCUUUCGUUUUUUCAUUUUUGUUUAUAUUUUUUUAUUCUACAAAGAAACUCAGUGUUAGACAUUGAAUAGGGAGCUCUGUGUUGUAGAAUAGGGAGAACAAAGUGGCCUUUUCAUUGGACCUCACAGCUUCUGGUCUUUGUAUUUGAGUUCACGUGGCUUAGUGUUGAGUAGAAGUGAGCAUUUUAUGACUAAACACACAAGGCAUUAUCAUGACCCUCCAGUGCAGAUGUUGAGAUGUAGUUGGUCAGACCAGGAUUUUGUUCCCGGCUGCAGUAUUUAGUGGUUAAAUUCCCUUCCCCUCUCACUUUCAGUCACUACACCUGUCCACUCCUCCCCCACCAUAGACUAUAGGUACAGAAUUAGGCCACUUGGCCCACCGAGUCUGUUCCACCAUUCAAGCCAGCCCUAUUGUUUCCCAAACCCAUUGUCAUGCUUUCUCCUGGCAGCCCUUAACUCUCUUACCAAUCUAAAAAACCUAUCAAUCCCUGCCUUGAAUAUAUAGCUCCCUGUGGCAAUAAAUUCACCACCUUAUGGUUGAAGGAAUUCCUCCUUAUCUCAGUUUUAAAGGGAUAUCCUUUUAUUCUGGGGCUGUGCUUUCAGAUUCUAAACCAUCCGACUGAUGGAAACAUCCUCUCCACAUCCACUUUGUCCAGGCUUUUCAAUCCAAUAGGAUUUAGUUGGAUUUCCACGCACACCUCCCACCCCCCGAUGAAAUGUCUCAGCCCAAAAUGUCAACAGUGUAUUUCUAUCCGUAGAUGCUGCCUGGCCUGUUGAAUUCCUCCAGCAUUUUGUUUUGUGUUUUGCUCUGGAUUUCCAGCAUCUGCAGAAUCUCUCAUGUAUUUGGGAGGAAAUAAGUAAUCUCAGUCCUCAUAACCCGUGGUCCCACUGCAGAGAUCUGCUUGAAGAAAGAGUGGUGCUGAAUCUACUGGGCUUUUCUGCUCUCUGUCCUUUGUCUCUUAGCUCUUCCCUUCCACUUUACAGUCAGUUCUUCCUUUCUGCCAAGGAAACCUCUCGUCUUCUCUCCACUCCAAUCUGCCAUCUCGUUCUAAUCAGCCCUAGUGCUUUAUGACGCAGUUCAGACAUAGUUAAUGGAAGCGGUUUGAAGGUGUAAUGAAAGCCACUUUAAAUAGUCCACUAUUAAAGGUUUAGCUUAUAAUGAGUGAAGAUGUGGAUUUCUAAAUGUUUUGGAUAGAAGAGGUCAACUUCUAAAAACCGAAAAUGUGUAUUCUUUCAGUAGCAACGUAACCUUGAGCAGAUGCUGUGAUCUUCUUGUGGGUGGCCUUCUAUUGUAAUAAAUCUUCUCUCUAAAAGUUUAUGGAACAAAGCAUAUUGGUUUCAUAGACGUGUUUAUAUAAGAAUUCUGCAGCAGAAUAUAUUUUAAAACAUUGCUAUUUGUAAGCUAUAUUUUUGUAUAUUUAAUUGCUAUUUUGAAAUUUGGAUGGCUUUUGUUUUGCUAAUUAAUUGCAUUGUAUUUCAGAAUAUUUGCAUGUGAUUUGACUGGAAUUGUAAAUAAAUAAGAGG